AUGUCGCAACCCUACGGCGAGUCGGCUGGCUACUAUGGUGGCCAGCAGCAGCAGCAGCCCCCGUACGAUCCAAAACACCCACAGCAGUAUAACAACGGGUACCAGCAAGACUACAAUCAGCAGAACUACCAGCAAGGAUAUCCUCCCCCACCGCCUCAGCAAGGCUUCGACGGUGGCAGCAAUGGCUACGGAUACAAUGCGCCGCCCCAGGGCUACGACCCGGAGAAGUACACCUUUGAGGAGGCAUUCAAGAUUGAGAAGCCCAAGUGGAAUGAUCUCUGGGCCGCCAUUCUGUUCCUCGCCGUCUUCCUCGGCUUCGCCGCCGUAUCUGGCCUGACGAUAUCCGGCUACUCUGCGACAAAGGGCCUCAACGGCGGCGGCAUCUACGACGGCGGCAACGACUUUGGCCUCAGCACAAACACCAUCGUCCUCUUCGCCUUUGUCCUCGCCGUCGCAAUCGUCCUGAGCUACGCCUACGUCUGGCUGGCGCGCCUCUUCCCCAAGGCUUUUAUCUGGGUCACGGGCAUCCUCAACAUCGUCUUCGCCCUCGUCACCGCCAUCUAUAUGCUCUCCCGCAAAUACUACUCGGGCGGUAUCGUCUUCCUUAUCUUUGGCGUCUUCCUCGUCUUCGCCUUCAUCAGCUGGAUCCCCCGCAUCCCCUUCUCCGCCCUCAUGCUCAAGACCUCGAUCCAGGUCUCCAAGAAGUACGGCCACGUCUACCUCGUCUCCUUCCUGGGUGGUAUGCUCGGCGCCGCCUUUGCGGCUUGGUACUCCGUCACCCUCGUCGCGACCUACUCCAAGUACCAGCCGUCGCAGAAUAACCCCCAGUGCAGGAGCGGCCAGUGCAGCCAGGGCAAGGUCAUUGGCCUCAUCGUCUUCAUCACGUUCGCAAUGUACUGGAUCUCCGAGGUGCUCAAGAAUGUCAUCCACGUCACCAUCUCGGGCGUCUACGGCUCGUGGUACUUUUGCGUCAACAACUUCCCCAAGGGCGCCACCCGCGGCGCGCUCAAGCGCUCGCUGACCUACAGCUUUGGCUCCAUCAGUUUCGGCAGCUUGAUCGUUGCCGUCAUCAAUCUCCUCCGCCACCUGUGCUCCGUCGCUAGACAGCAGUCGGCCGCGGACGGUAACAUUGUCUCGUACGUGCUCUUCUGCAUCCUGAGCUGCCUCAUCUCCCUGCUCGACUGGGCCGUUACCUUCCUUAACCGAUACGCCUUCUCCCACAUUGCUCUCUACGGCAAGGCGUACAUCCCCGCCGCCAAGGACACCUGGAAGAUGAUCAAGGAUCGCGGCAUCGACGCCCUGGUCAACGUGAGUACCUCCCCGCAACCCCCAGGACUGCCAUACCAGCAGACUAACACGUCCCAGGAAUGUCUCAUCGGUCCCGUUCUCUCCUUUGGCGCCACGUUCAUCGGCUACGCCUGUGCGUUCCUCGCCUACCUGUACAUGGUCUUCACUCACCCCGCCUACAACCAGAGCGGCAACUACACCCCGGUUGUGGUCGCCUUCUCCUUCCUCAUCGGCCUGCAGAUUGCCAACGUCUUCACGACGCCGAUUUCCAGCGGUAUCGAUACCAUCUUUGUCGCUUCAGCGUGGGACCCCCAGGUUCUCAUGCGGGAUCACCCUCAGCUCUACGAUGAGAUGGUUCGGGUGUAUCCCCACGUUCAGCAGGCUAUCCACGCCUAA